ACAAAGAUGGCGACAAUGUGAAUGAAGAAAUCUUGAUCUAAUUAAUCUAAUUCAUAGACCAGACGCAGUGAUGUAAUUUUAAACUUAAACUAUUCUCUACUAAAAGUAUCUACUUCCAACCAUGAUGGCUGUGUCUGCUUCAUUUCUUAGUGUCAUGCAUUUGUAUGAAUCAAAAUAUUCUUUGUGAUAAUGACUUAGACCUGCUCUUAUAAAUAACCAUCUAAAGAAGAAAGACACAAUGGAAGGUGACACUGUUGACAACGUUCAAGUUGUAAUAGUGGACCCAUCCAGAGUGAAAAAGUUAGGGAGUGGUGAUAAUUUGGAUAACAAUGAAACAGAUGGAGGAUCCCAUGGACCAGAUGAUGCUGAGAUGCACCUGCUCUCCCCUAAAGAAGAAAUUCACCAUUUGCAUACUGACAACUCCAGAGAAGAUCUAAUUGGCCUUGCUCCAAAACGGCUUUGUCAUGGCCAGUACUCAGAAAUGCCAUCACCACAGCACACUGUAAGGAUGAUGGAAGUAGAACCUGUUGAAGGAAGGGAAUCAAAUAUCAGUUUGAGCUGGAAAAUGCCUUUGCAUAAAUUUAGUUCCAAAAAAUCUGAUAAUCUUGGAGUUGAAAUACAAAAUGCUCCCAAAGGCAUCAAAGCAUUUUACAAACGUCAAGAUGAGCUAAUACAAGCUUAUGAAAACAUGGCUACAGACUCCAAGAUAGAUGUUUUGUCUAGGGAAGCUCCAGCUCCUGGAGUUAUCGUCACUCGACUGUCACAGAUAUCAUUUGCUGCCAAUUUGGCACUGAUGAUUGCUAAAGCUGUUGCUGUUGGCAUGUCCAAUUCAAUGUCUAUCAUAUCCAGCCUUGUAGACUCUGUUGUGGACCUGUUGUCAGGACUGAUCAUUUGGUGGACCACUCAUGCUAUCAAAAAAAGCAGCAUUUAUGUCUAUCCUGUUGGUAGGUCACGCCUGGAACCAGUAGCAAUCAUUAUAUUGUCUGUCAUUAUGUCUUUGGCAUCACUGGAAGUUUUGAUCUCUUCUAUCAAGAAAAUAGUUGGCUUCAGCAGUAGCCUAGAUGACAUUGCUGUCUUUGACGUACCAACUUUGAUCAUUUCUUGUAGUAUUAUAGUGACCAAGUUUGUAUUAGCGCUUUCAUUUUAUCUUAUCAUGAAAAAAAAGAAGAUACAGUCUGACCCUGUGGAUGCAUUAAUUCAAGAUCAUCGUAAUGACACCGUUUCAAAUCUAGUUGCCAUUGUUUGUGGAUAUCUGGGAUCCCGCCAGUUUGCUAACGAAGUAGGCUCACUAAAUGUUGCUUACAUAGAUCCUGCUGGCGCCAUUGUCAUUGGAUUGUACAUUAUUAUAAGCUGGUGGAAAACAGGGAUAGCUCAGCUAAAGAUGGUAGUGGGCUACACAGCUAAUCCUGAUUUCUUGAGUCAAAUCACCUGGAUCUCAUUGAAUCACAGUGCCAAGAUUCUAUGUAUAGACACAGUGAGAGCUUUCCACUUUGGUUCCAAGUUUUUGGUAGAAGUAGAUAUUGUCCUGCAGGAAGACACUGUACUGCUGGAGUCUCAUAACAUUGGAGAAAGUUUGCAGCAAAAACUUGAAAGCCUACCUCAAGUGGAGCGAGCGUUUGUACAUGUGGACUAUGAAGUGAGCCAUAGACCUCAGGAUGAACACAGAUGAGCUGGGAGUUCUGUCCCCUGGACUUGGAUACAAGUCAAGCUGUCUUUAGUUUUAGUCAACCCUGUAGUACAGAUGUGUAGUUAUUGUUGAAUUGUUGUCUGUGGUUUUUCCUAUAGUACAUUAGCCUGGUAAUCAACAUUUAGCUGCACACUUAGUCCUAACAUUAUUUAACACUCUCUGUUGACUGUUGACGUUGUUGCUUUAACCUUUGAACUAAUAAGUAAGUAUUUGAACCCUCGAAACAUUAUUUUAUUUGAACAUACCCAUUGCUUUUUAUUUUAUAACAUUGUUUUGUAUGAGAACCAAAAGAGGUAAAUUUGUUGUUCUUUAUUUGACUUUUACUUUUUAUUUCAAGCAAUAUUUUUUUUUGACACAUAUACACUUUGAUUGCACAAGGCUUUAAUCCAAACUAUUGUACAAGUGUUUUGCCUUUAUUUUGUACUUGUUACUUAUUGCCUUUUACCUUGACCCAUUAUUGGAUGUAAGGAUAACUAUCUUUGUAUUUCCAGAGUUCCCUUCCUGUGCUAUCAUUUACAACUAGUUCCAAUAAUCUACAUUUAAAGCUUCUAUUUAAAUGAGUUGAUAGAUUAUAUCUAUUGUAGCAUUCAGUUAUUCAGAUUAAGUAAAGUAAAAACAAUUCCCCUUUAAAUUAUAAAUUAUAGCUUUUAUAUAGCACUACUUUCAUGCUUAUAUCAUGCUCAGAGUGCUUUGGUCCAAUCUCAUUUGUGAACUAGUGGAGGGAGGGGGUAUCUGGGAGAAGAUUUUCCAUGCUGCCUUUAGGUGCUCAGUAAACACAACUCUGCUAGAGUUGAUUGUGGAACUUCGAGCCCCCUUUAUAGGUAGUUCAAGCGUACUUGGCCUCUUGACCACGCUUCCCACCUUUUGAUCUAUUGGGUAGAAUGAUGUUAAAGUUAUGUUUCUUUGGCCAACAGUUUUUUCACGAGCAGGGUGUCAUGUGGCCAACACAACUCAUGGGUGCCCUAAAAAAUUCAGAAACUCAAAAUCCCAGUCUUAACCAAGAUUUGAACCCAGGACUCCAAGUUUGGAAGCCAAGCUCUUAACCACUCAGCCACCUCACCCCCUAUUCUGUCAGUAAGCCAUAGUAGAAUUUGUUGCAAUACAAUGUUGUCCCCCCCAAAUGGUUUGUCACCUCCCUUGGAUCCUCUCCUUUCCUCUCCAUAAUGUUUUGUUGUUAUGACUUGAACCCAAACUCUGUAUGAUUAUAAUUACUGCCUUCUGUUCCCCUGACAUUCCAAACUGUUGGCUCUUGUUCUACUCCUGCUAAUUGUGUCUCAAAAUUGGAAAAAAAAAAUGUUCUUUUAUACCAUUAUUAAAUUGUUCACAUGUGACCAGAUUUGUUGAGCAUGUAUUCUUAUCCCUUUUUCUCUUUCCUCUGUCAAUAGGGCGAAAACAAAAAUGCAGCCUAAGUUUGACAAAUAACAUACAAGAUAUUCUGAUAGAAAAAUAGUUUGGUAUGAUUGAAGAUAAUAGAAUGUAGUGUAUGCAAUGCAAACAAUAUAUUUGUAAUUAAUUCAUCAUUAACAAAGAGCACUUUAGCAAAGUGAUCAAGUAUGUCUUUGUUAUAUGUAAAAUUGGUAAGUCAACUGACUUUCUUGGGUAAACAAGAAUUGGCUCUAAUGCUGAGACAGUAGCAAAGGUCAAUCACUAAGAGCAGCAGUCUUCUGUAACUGUUAUGGUGUUUAUCAAACAAAAAUGUCACCAUAACUAAAAUUAUCAUAUUUACAGUGUGCAACCUGUAGAAUCCACCAUUUUGUCAGUGUCUUUUAUUGACAAAUUUCUAAAAAGAAAAGAUUCUUGUAGACAACAAUAUGUCAUAUAUGAGUACAGUAACAAUUUUAAGCAAUAAGCAAUGUUUUGUAUGUAUAUAUAUCUACAAUGGUAUUUUCUUAAGAAAAGUUUUUAUAUAUAUUUUAUUAUACAAAGACCUAAAUACAAUGCAGUAAUUUUUUUAAAAAUGUAUUCUUUGUCAUUUUCAUGACGAGUUUGACAAAUUUUGUGGAUAUGUCCAUUUUUACAAGAACUGAUAAUAGGUCAUAUUAUAUCAAUUACUUCGUUAUAAAGCAUCUGCUUUUCCUUUUUGCUCUUUACUUGAUGUUUCCAAAUUAAGAAAAUAUCAUCUGUUAUACAUUCUCUUCUCAUUCCUACAAAAAAAAAAAUUUAAAGUUGAAAAAUAUUUUGGUAAAAAUGGCAUCUUUUUAUGCAUAUUGAUUUAAACAUCAUGAUUGUUUUAUUGCUAACUAGACACUGUUUCAGUCACUUGUUCAGAAGUGAACUCAUUAUCUGUGAUAGUAAUUUUUUUUAUUUCACUACUAAUAGAGAAGCAGUGACUGUCCUGACCUAUUUAUUUUGUUACUCAGCAAGAUUUGUUUGCCUCAACAUAUAGGAGAAAGAUAAACAUCUAUUAUUGAAACAAACAUUUUUAAAAGUGAUUUUCAUACAUUUUAUUGCCAUCUUUUACAUCAUUUUAUGUGUUAAAAAUUUUUUUUCUUGGAUAUGCAAUCUCUUUUACACAUAUAUUUUGUAUAAAAUAAAUAAAUGUUCUGAGAUAGUUAUUCUAUUGUUCCAUUUGUUUGCCUUUAGUAAUUGGGUACUUGUUAUACAGGACUAACAAACUAUUUUGUUCAAACUUUUUGUUUUCAUCACAAUGUCAAGAAGAAUAAAACACAUUUACACGAGUGAAUAAAAAAACAGACAUUCAUUUUUUAGAAAAUGAAAACAACACAAAAGUGUUCAGUAUAUGUACACAUUUUAAUGUUAUGAAUGAAUCUCCAAAAUAAAUUCUUUUGUGAUGAUCAAAAGCCUUCAAAAUACUUUCUUGUAUUGUCAACACAUUUAUGAAUACAUCAGUUUUAGAAACGAUUGACUAGUUCACUUUUUAGUGUUGGAGAGUUUAUUUUGUGAUAUUUUACUUUCCAUUUUGUUCUGAUCAUGCUUCAUUAUUUUAUUUUCAUGUGCACAGAAGGGUUGGACAGAAAGAUAACAGCCUGUAGUUUAAAACAGUAGCUUCAAACUAGUUUGUUUAAACAAAUUUCUUAUGAAAACAAAAUCUGUUUUAAAAAAAUGCAUUUAAUUUGAACAUUUAAUGAACUUACUGAUCUGUAAAAAUGUUCAACAUUUAAGUAUUCCAGAAAUAUGAGAAACAGAACUCAAAUCUAUAAACUACAUCUAUUACGUGCUAUAAAAAGUUUUUAAAAUAAAAUAAACUACAUCUAUUACGUGCUAUAAAAAGUUCCUUAUUUUUUAAAUAAAAUAAACUACAUCUAUUACGUGCUAUAAAAAGUUCCUUAUUUUUAAAAUAAAAUAAACUACAUCUAUUACGUGCUAUAAAAAGUUCCUUAUUUUUUAAAUAAAAUAAACUACAUCUAUUAAGUGCUAUAAGUUCAUUAUUUUUUAAAUAAUUUCUUUUAACUGAGUAAAUUAAACUCUGUGGUCCAUCUCAGGAAAUGUUAUUGUAAAACUUACUUUCUGAUCUUACAGUUUUUUCUACACUUUUCAUUGUAAGCCAUUAUGAAAUAUGUUCAUUGAAUUGACACUUCAUUUUAUUUUGAACAAAAAAGUGUGCUACAAAAAGUAAUUAAGCUACCUACAGUGCUAGUUUUGAUGCUAACAUUCUCCUAGAAUUCAGCUUGAGAGUUUCAUUCCUUUUUACAAAAAACUAGCAGAUUUAAAUAGAUAUCAACAAUCUCUUUGUUCUUUAUUAGUUUGUGAGGUUUCAUUUGGGCAUCAGAGGACAUGAUCCUUGUUUUCAAUGCACUUUUUUUCUUUCUUAGUCAGCUAGCUCUUAUUUCCCAAUGUAAACAAAUUAUGUUUUUCUUUCUUAGUCAGCUAGCUCUUAUUUCCCAAUGUAAACAAAUUUUUUCUUUCUUAGUCAGCUAGCUCUUAUUUCCCAAUUUAUACAAAUUAUUUUAUCAUUUUACUCAGUAUGCUAUUUAUUGUAUUGUGAAAAUGUUUGUAAUGGAAUUAUUCUUUGUUUAUAUUUACACUAAUCCCCUUCACUGACCAUUUUACGCCAGCUCAAUCUCAUCACUAUUUUGAAUGUUUAGAAAUAAAUAAUGUGUUUGUUAUA